AUGGCACAGACUCAGAUUCCUACCUUUAAGCUGGUCCUUGUCGGUGAUGGUGGUACCGGCAAGACAACAUUCGUGAAACGCCAUCUUACUGGUGAAUUCGAGAAGAAGUACAUUGCCACUCUCGGUGUCGAAGUCCACCCACUUUCCUUUUCCACAAAUUUCGGCACGAUCUGCUUCAAUGUCUGGGAUACCGCUGGACAGGAAAAGUUUGGUGGUCUUCGUGAUGGAUAUUACAUCCAGGGCCAGUGUGGCAUCAUCAUGUUCGAUGUCACUUCCAGAAUCACCUAUAAGAAUGUCCCAAAUUGGCACCGCGAUCUUGAGCGUGUUUGCGAGAACAUUCCCAUUGUACUGUGCGGAAACAAGGUUGAUGUUAAGGAGCGCAAAGUGAAGACCGGCGCUGUCACAUUUAACCGCAAAAAGAACCUGCCUUACUUUGAAAUCUCUGCCAAAUCUAACUACAACUUCGAGAAACCCUUCCUGUGGCUUGCAAGGAAGUUGGUUGGUAACCAUGACCUAGACUUCGUAGCGGCCCCUGCCCUUGCCCCUGCUGAGGCUCACGUUGACCCUGAGUUGAUGAAACAAUACGAGGAAGAGUUGAAGAAGGCUGAGGCUGUUCCGCUUCCGGAAGAGGAAGAUGACCUGUAA